UGGGCACCACUUCGUCUGGCUGCUGCGGCGCGUUUUGGAGGGUGGGGGCUGGGCGCCGUUUUUAGGUGUCACCUCCUUCCCAGGCCUGGCUGCGUGCACACGCGAUGGAGGCCGGGUGCUGGGUGCUCGGCGGCGAAUUUGAGGACUCAGUGUUCGAGCAGAGGCCGGAGCGGCGGCCUGAGCCCCCCGCUGCCUACGGCGCCAAGCUCUGCGAGCCGCAGUGGUUUAAUGGAGAGAUGGAAAGUAGCGAUGAUUCCGAAGUUCUCACUCUCAAGAAAUUUAGAGGGGACCUGGCCUACCGACGACGGGAAUACGAGAAAGCACUGCGGGAAUACUCCAGCAUCUCUGAACAGUUGCCAUCUACCAAUUUUGCCAUGAAAAGGGAUGUCCAGGAAGGCCAGGCUCGGUGUCUGGCUCACCUCGGGAGACACCAGGAAGCACUGGAGAUUGCAGCAAACUUGGAAAAUAAAGCAACCAACACGGACCAUCUCACCACAGUGCUCUAUCUCCACUUGGCUGUUUUUUCCAGUUUGCAGAGCUUGGAAAAGACAAUUCUGUGUCUACAAAAACUGAUUUCCCUGCAUCCUUUGAACCCUUGGGGCUGGUGGAGAUUGGCAGAGGCAUACCUGAGUCCAGGAACAGACCUGUCUACAUCAUCUUGGGGACAGACAAGUGUCCCCUCAAGUAACAAAGCCAUCGGUUCCUCCACUGUGCACUCCGGACCAGGCCGUCUUUUGUGUUUCCCAGCAACCUUGCCUGAGAGCGCAGUGUCUUCCGUGGAAGCAAGUGGCUGUAAUAUCCAGAAGACGGAAAAGGCUCCAAAGAAUACGCAGAACUGUCUGACACAACGGAGAGAGGCAGCAUUGAUGGAGGCUCGGGUGAAAGCAUGCGCCUCUCUGGUUCGCACCAGGCUCUUGCUUCAGCUCACCCAAUCUCAGCAAAUGUCAUUUGCUUUGGAGAGGAACCUGAGAACUCAGCAGGAAAUUGCAGAGAGAGUGAAGAAGCUCAACUUCCCUGCAGAUGCUUUGGUGUUGAUGGAGGAGCCUCUGUCAGCCCUUCCUAAAGCUGGAUCUGUAGAGAACACCGUUGAAGGAUGCAUUGGGGGAUUAUGUGCUCAAGCUCUUCUGCUUCCUUUCCGUACACACCAGACUCGACAGCGUCAGGUCCCAAAGAAACCCAGACAGAUGGCUAACUGUGGUGCCCGUUCGCACACCAGAGCGUCUGCUUGGCCCUCAGCUCAACACCAGUGCUUUUCCCAUGAGAGCGACCCAUCUGUGUGCAUCUGACAUCGUUCCUUUAAGAAACACUGUGUAUUGUUGUCGUUGCCAGGCUAUGGGGGAAGAUAUUGUCCCAGAAAAACUAAAAGACGAAGUUCAUUCAGAGGUGAAGUGUGUUGGCCCCGCAGCCCUGGCCACCUUGGUGAUUGCGUCCUCCAAAGAAUUUGAAGACAAGUGGUUUGGAAAGAUCAAAGAACGUUUCUGCCCCUUGGAAAAUCAGUGCCACAUGGAGCUACAGAUCACGGCUUAGAAAAGCACAGCAGGACCCAGACAUCUUGCGCCGUACUGUCCCUGUUUACUUUAGGGAGGUCUGUGUGAUCAUGGAAAGCUGAAAUAAAGACUUUUUUAUAUUGUUUAUAAAAACCCCUAU